AUGUGGGAAGUACAGUUAUCAUUAAAUAUGAAAUGGAAAGUGAUAGGCCACAGUUUCAGAGAAUUUACAUGUCUUGCAGCCUACAAGAAGGGGUUUUUAGAUGGUUGUAGGCAUGUGGUUUGCUUGGAUGGGUGUCAUGUCAAAAGGCCUCACCCUGGGCAAGUGCUUUCUGUAAUGGGAGUUGAUGCAAACAACGGAAUGUUUCCACUUGCCUAUGCAUAUGUAGAGAUUGAGAGCAAUUCAACGUGGCUGUGGUUUUUAGAAUUAUUUUGUGGUGAUCUGAAUAUUACGAAUAACCAUGGUUAUGUAUUUAUGACUGACAAACAAAAAUGGUUAAUAUAUGCUGUGGAUGCUCUAUUCCCUCAUACAGAGCAUAGACAUUGUUUGAAGCAUCUAUAUGGAAACUUCUAUUUGGAACAUAGAGGUCUUGCCUUGAAACAUCAAAUGGAAGCAAUUGCUAGGGCCACAACAGUGCCAUGGUUUCAUGCAAAGAUGAGAAAGAUAUUGCAGUUGUCUAAACCUACACAUGAUUGGCUUGUAGAGAAAGAUCCUAGGCAUUGGAGUAGUGCAUAUUUCAAGAGUGAUUCCAAGUGUGACAUGUUUAUGAACAAUCUAUAUGAGGCAUUCAACUGUAGCAUAAUGGAUGUCAGAGACAAGCCUGUUUUGACAAUGCUAGAAAGAAUUCGGUUGUAUAUAAUGUUGUUAAUGACCGGAAGAAGGGUUUUCUGUGAGAAAUGGCAUGGACAAGUUGGGCCAAAAAUUAGAAAUAUAUUAGAGAAAAACAAAGGAAAAGCUCAGUGGUGCAUUCCUAAGGCUGCUGGACAGAAUAAGUUUGAAGUAAUGCACCAUAGUGGCCGCACCUUUGCUGUUGAUUUGAAUGCCCACUCUUGUUCAUGCCAUGCUUGGGAUUUGAAUGGAAUACCAUAUUUGCAUGCUUGUGCUGCAAUAAGUUGGUUUCAUGGGAAUCCAGAGGACUUUUGUGAUGCAGUGUACAAGAAAGAGGCUUAUUUGAGAGCCUAUGAACCAAUGAUUAUGCUUAUGACUAGCCAAGAUCAGUGGAUGAAGAUUAAUUUACCUCAAUUACUCCCUCUGAAAUACCACAAGCAGCCUGGUAGGCCUAAGAAGACAAGAAAACAAGUUGUUGAUGAGCCUAAACAACCUGCUAAUCCAUAUAAGCUUCCUAGGUAUGACAUCCCUUUAAAGUGUGGCAAUUGUGGUGGAGAAAGGCAUAAUCGAAUUAGUUGUAAGGAACCUAGAAAUCCCAACAUAAAGUCUACUAGGCAGAGAAAAAUUGCCAAGGACAAACUUGCAGUAAGAAGGAGAGAUGGUGGAGACCAAAGUAGCGGACAACAGAGUAUGCAAUUAAGGCAAAGGAAACAAGCAAGCAGUUCCCAAGGGCCUUCUCAAUCCCAGGCAUCUGAAGUAGCUGAUGCUUCUCAAUCCCAACCAUCUCAAGCAGCUGAUGCUUCUCAAUCCCAACCAUCUCAAGCAUCUGAACCUGCCAAACUAUCUCGAAUAUAA